AUGUCUAAUUCGCGUUCCAACGGCACAAUCACUGAAAUCAAGGCCGACAUAAUCAUCGUUGGGGCUGGGUUCAGUGGAUGUUAUGCUCUCCACAAGCUGCGACUGAUGGGAUACACGGUGAAGAUUCUCGAGGCUUCUACAGACUUUGGCGGGGUCUGGAGAAUCAAUCGCUACCCUGGAGCGAGGGUUGACACCGAAACACCAGCGUAUCAAUUGUGUCUGCCAGAAGUCUGGCAAGGCUUCAACUUUUCAGAACGCUAUCCUGACCAUGUUGAGCUGCGAAGAUACUUUAACCACAUAGACAAGGUGCUUGACCUUCGGAAAGACACCCAUUUCAACGCUAGAGUCGAGGAAGUGAAAUACGACACGGAGAACAAUAUGUGGAGCUUCAAGGCCAACGGAUUGAAGGCUACAUCCACUUACGCAGUCUUUGCAGUGGGAGCGUCUUGUGACCCAUACAUUCCGGAUUGGCCAGGAAAAUCCAAAUUUAAAGGCCAGUUAAUCCAUCCGGCCUCCUGGCCCGAACACUUCGAUCCACAAGGCAAGAAGAUUGGUGUUAUUGGGCAAGGAGCAUCUGGAUUGCAAAUUGUACAGGAACUGGCCAAGGAGAGUUGCGAACUUUCAGUGUUCAUCCGUAACCCUUCGACAGGGUUUCCUAUGAAUCAGAAGACUAUAUCUAUUGGUGACUCCGAUAAUCUGAAAAGCUUCUACGGCGCGAUUCUUGGCUUCGCAAAACACCAUACAGAGACUGGAUACCCUUACAACAUAAAUCAAACCGAUUGGGCAGACACGACUGAGGAAGAGCGACAGCGCCUUUACGAAUGGCUUUGGCAGCGAGGCGGUUUUGUCUUCUUAUCUUGUAAUUACCGCGAUAUCAUGACUAAUAAGGCCGCAAAUGCCAGUGCAUAUGACUUUUGGGCGCGAAAGGUAAGAGAAAGGAUAAAUGAUCCUGUUAAAAGAGAGAUUCUAGCCCCCAAAAAACAGCAAUACUGGCUCGGUGCAAAGCGGCCCAGUCUAGAGCAAGACUACUACGAAUCCAUGGACCGACCUAAUGUCACCUUGGUUGACCUUAAAGAGACACCUAUCCAAGAGUUCACCACCGAGGGCAUUAUUACGGGAAACGAGGAUACUAGUAAGCUUUGGGGAUUAGACAUAGUAGUUGUAGCAACGGGCUACGACAACCUUACGGGUAGUCUUUUCAAGAUGAAUAUCCAUAGCAGAGAUGGCGUCAAACUUCAAGACAAAUGGAAGAAUGGCAUCAACACGCAUCUAGGCAUGACGGUACCUAGUUUUCCAAACGCAUUCUUCCUGUAUGCACCACAGGCACCAAGUUCGAUUGUUAAUGGACCGCCAUUUAUCGAGUUGCAGGUGGACUGGCUGACACAACUUCUUGAAAGGCUUCGCAAUGAAAAUAUCAAGUCGAUUGAAGCGUCUGAGAAAGCUGGAGAGGUUUGGAAGGAACUUGUUUGGAGCCAUUACGGAAGAACACUGUCCACCGAGACUGAUUCAUGGUGGGUAGGGGCAAACAUUCCGGGCAAGAAGCGUGAGCCAUUAGUUUGGUUCGGAGGUAUUCAGUCGUGGUGGGAUAAAUGCCAAAAUGCGCUACGAGGAUGGGAGAAUUCAGGAUUUGUACUUAGGAAGAGCGAGGGAACGCAGUAA